ACUGAAUCAUCAGAGCCCCAACUAUGUGUUUUUGUGCCCAACAGUUAGGUUACUCUGUCUGUGUAAAGUGGGUUAGCUAGGCAACCCAUGUGAGGUGAAUUACGGAAAGUAUUGAGGGGACACGGACAGACGCAUGUGAGGGAAGUUGGAACAUUUUCUGUUUUUAUCCGGAGUUCAGCAGGAGAGCGAGAGUAACACUUCAGCGCAACGCUAGCUUCAGGCCCUGGAGGGAAGCAUGUGGCUCCUGGAGAAGUUCCGUGGCCCUCACAAUGGUCACUCUGCAUCGGCAGGGGACAAGCAGCAGAACCAGACUGGCCCCGUCUCCGUCUAUAACAACAUCAUCACCCCUGAUAAGAUCCCUGACUUCUUCAUCCCCCCCAAACUCAUCUGCUGCCCUUCAGAGGCAGAGUGCCUAACUCCGGAGACCCAGCCCCGCUCUACUCUGUGCCCCUCCGCCUCGGAGCACACCAUCUGCAGCCAAACCCAGGGCAACUGCACCCGGAACCCCCGCAGCCCACGUCUGCUCUCCCGGCUGACUGGGGACACCCGCAGCCUCUUGAGGGCCGCUAACCGCCACGUCAUCCAGAUAGAGAGCGCUGACGACCCGGGGAGCGAGGUAGGGGAGGGGGGAGACCCUAACACCAAUGCAGACCCCCAGUCCCAGACAGCCAUGUCCCUGCCUUACGUCCCCAAAGCCCAGACCUCGUACGGUUUCUCCACACUGGUGGAGAGCCCCCACACCCGCCGCAAGGAGUCCCUGUUCCACAGCAACCCCAACAGCCCCCACACCUCCCCGGGCUCCCAGAGACGCACCCAGGGUGGGAACCACCUGACCCCCUCCGACCCCAACCCCUACCGCUAUUUCAGCGGGGGUGAGAGCGACACGUGCUCCUCAGCCGAGUCCUCCCCCUUUACCUCCCCUCUCCUCACCCGCUCUGCCUCCCUCCUCCGAUCCAUCACCCAGGAGACGCAGGCCAAGGUGUCUCGUGCCAAGCGUACCCUGGCGCGCCACAGCUCCCUGUCCACAGACGAGUGCAGCUCAGCCGACAACAGCCCCAACCUGACACGCCGCCGCCUGCGCUGCCCUCCCUCCCCCGCCUUCCGCGGACGCAAGGGGACCGGCUCCGGGGGGGCAAGUUCAGACCUCCAGCGCGAGCACUCGGUCAACCUCCACAAGGGCGGCACGCUGAGAAUCAGCAUGCACUACGACGCCGAAACGGCCCGGCUGAGGGUCCGAGUGCUCGCCGCCGAGGACCUGUAUGAUAAACAGACGGACGUGAAGAGCAUCAACUGCUGCGUGUCUCUGUACCUGAACCCGGGCAAGCAGCAGAAGCAGAGGAGCACCAUCAUCAAGAACAGCAGGAACCCCGUGUUCAACGAGGACUUCUUCUUUGACGCGGUGCCCGUCACCCAGGUCAAGAGCCUGGCCAUGAAGAUGAAGGUGGUGAACAAGGGGACCAGUCUGAAGAGAGACCUGCUGCUGGGGGAGAGGGAGGUGCUGCUCAGCGACCUGCUGCCAGGCUUCUAGGGACACAAAGAUGCUCCCUCCCCUGGUUAUCUCCCUUAUCACUCUUCACUCGUUUACUCCCAUUUGCCUGAUCUGAUAGGGAAUCAAUUAUGGUGGGCACUAGGUAGAGCUAUUGCUUCACAGUUCAACUACUAUAGGUUACCUACCACAGUUUACCUACCACAGCUCACCUACCACAGUUAACCUACCACAGCACACCUACCACAGUUAACCUACCACAGCGCAUUUACCACAGCUCACCUACCACAGUUCAACUACCAAAGCUCACUUACCACGGUUCACCUACCACAGCUCACCUACCACAGUUCACCUACCACAGUUCACCUACCACAGCUCACUUACCACAGUUCACCUACCACAAUUCACUUACCACAGUUCACCUACCACAGGGCACCUACCACAGCUCACCUACCACAGCUCACCUAUCACAGUUCACAUACCACAGUUCACUUACCACAGUUCACCUACCACAGUUCACAUACCACAGUUCACUUACCACAGUUCACCUACCACAGUUCACCUACCACAGUUCACCUACCACACCAUACCACAGCACCCCUACCACAACAUACCUACCACACCACAGCACACCUACCACACCGCACCUACCACAGUACCCCUACCACACCACAGCACCUACCACACCUAACACAGCCCCCUACCACACCACAGCACCCCUACCAUAGCUCACCUACCACAGUAUCCUUACCACACCACAGCACCUACCACACCUAACACAGCCCCCUACCACACCACAGCACCCCUACCAUAGCUCACCUACCACAGUACCCCUACCACACCACAGCACCUACCAUAGCUCACCUACCACAGCACCCCUACCACACCACAGCACCCCUACCAUAGCUCACCUACCACAGCACCCCUACCACACCACAGCACCCCUACCACACCACAGCACCCC